AUGGCGGACAUCAACGUUGAAGAGACGCUGAAGAAGCUGACCCUCAGCGAGAAGGUCGAUCUCCUUGCCGGAACUGAUUUCUGGCACACCAAGUCCAUCCCAGAGAAGGGUAUUCCCGCCCUACGCUUCACCGACGGUCCCAAUGGCGUUCGCGGCACCAAAUUCUUCAACGGCAUCCGCGCCGCCUGCUUCCCCUGCGGAACAUCGCUCGGUUCCACUUUCAACGCCGAGCUUCUCGAGGAGGCCGGCAAGAAGAUGGGCGAAGAGGCCAAGCUCAAGGGCGCCCACGACCCCGUGCUCUCCGGCCUCGCUUCCGCCGCUCUCAUCAAGGGCAUCCAGAGCACCGGCGUGCAGGCCACGGCGAAGCACUUUGUGUGCAACGACCACGAGCACAAGCGCAACGCGGUGCAGGUGCUCGUGACCGAGCGCGCCCUCCGUGAGAUCUACGCUCUUCCCUUCCAGCUUUGUGUCCGCGAUGCGAACCCGGGAGCCUUCAUGACGGGCUACAACGGCGUCAACGGCAAGUACUGUAGCGAGAACCCCAAGAUCAUUGACGAGCUCUUGAGGAAAGAAUGGGGGUGGGACGGCACUAUCAUGAGCGAUUGGUACGGCACUUACAGCACCACGGAGGCCAUGCAUGCCGGUCUCGAUAUUGAGAUGCCUGGUCCCCCGGUGCGGGAGCAUAUCCUCGACGAGCGCGCUCGAGGUGUCCUCAACCUUGUCAAGAAGUGCGCUGCCACGGGUGUGCCCGAGAAUGCGCCCGAAUUGACUGGUGAUACUCCCGAGACCGCCGCUCUCCUCCGCAAGAUUGGCAAUGAGGGAAUCGUCUUGUUGAAGAAUGAGAACAAUGUCCUGCCUUUGGCCAAGAACAAGAAGACCGUCGUUAUCGGACCUAACGCCAAGGUGGCCACUUUCCACGGCGGCGGUUCCGCGGCGCUGGCUCCCUACUACGCCGUGACGCCUUUCGCCGGAAUCAGCGACAAGCUAGAGUCCGCGCCCGAGUACACCAUCGGAGCGUACUCGCACAAGCUCCUCCCCCUCCUUGACGAGAUCGUCAAGACGCCCGACGGCAAGCCCGGACUGUCAAUGAAGGUGUACCUCGAGGACCAUUCUGCCACCUCUCGCGAAGUGCAAGAGGAGUACGUCACGACCAAGACCGAGCUCUUGUUCGUUGACUACUACAGCCCCAAGGUCAAGUCCGGAACCUGGUACGCCGACUUUGACGGAGAGUUGGUCGCGGACGAGGACGCCGAGUGGGAGUUCAGCUUGAUCGUUUGCGGUACCGCCCGGCUCUACCUCAACGGCGAGCUCGUCGUCGACAACAGCGUCAACCAGACGCAGGGCACCCACUUCUUCGAGCAGGGCACCAUUGAAGAAAAGGGCCGUAUCCACCUGAAGAAGGGCGAGACGUACAAGGUCAAGGUCGAGUUCGGCUCCACCCCCACCUCGGAGCUGUCCAAGCGAACCCGCCUCUUCGACAACGGCGUCCUCCGCAUCGGCGGCUGCCCCAUCAUCGACGGCAAGAAGGAGAUUGAGAAGGCCGCGGCGCUCGCCAAGGAUGCCGACCAGGUCGUCAUCUGCGCCGGCCUCAACGCCGACUGGGAGUCCGAGGGCUUCGACCGCCAGGCCAUGGACCUCCCCGGCUACCUCGACGAGCUCAUUGCCACCGUGGCCGAGGUCAACCCCAACACCGUCGUGGUGAUGCAGUCUGGUACCCCGGUGACGAUGCCGUGGAUCUUCAAGGUGCCUGCGCUCGUCCAAGCCUGGUACGGCGGCAACGAGACGGGCAACAGCAUCGCUGACAUUGACAACCCGGCUUUCCUCCACUUCAGCACCGAGGCCGGCCGCGUUCUUUACGGCGAGGACGUCUACAUUGGUUACAGGUACUACGAAUACGCCAAGCGCGAGGUUCUCUUCCCCUUUGGCCACGGUCUCAGCUACACGACAUUUGACUUUUCCGACCUCGCCGUCGAGGACAAGGAUGGCAAGAUCACGGCGACCGUCACGGUCAAGAAUACGGGCUCGCGCAAGGGCUCCGAGGUCGUACAGGUGUACGUGGCACCUAAGCAGGCGGCGCAGAUCAGCAGGCCGGUCAAGGAGCUCCGGGGAUUCGGCAAGGUGGAACUCGAGGCGGGCGAGAGCAAGAGCGUGACGGUGGAGAUCGAGACCAAGUACGCCGUCAGCUACUUUGACGAGGCGAGGAACAAGUGGUGCGCGGAGAAGGGCGAGUACGACAUCAUCGCCAGCAACAGCAGCGACGUCAAGGAUGGCCAGGCGCUCAAGGCGAGCAUCACCGUUGCUGAGACGUCUUGGUGGUCCGGUCUCCAGGUGAUGGACCGGGAGCGGGAUAAUGCGCGAAUGGGCCAAAAGGCGGACAAGGACGGCCAGAAAAGCUCCUGCCACGUAGGUCCAU